AUGCAUAAUCUUCUCAGCGCCUCUCCUCCUUCGCCAGCGCUGCCAGCGCAAUACUCAUCUGCAGCGCCAGCAUCCUCUGACUCCCUACCACCUACAUCGAACCCCAGCUCAAAUCCAACACCAAACCCAACUUCAGAUCCAUCUUCGAAUCCGAACAACCCAAAUAACUACGCUGUUCUUCCUCCUCCCCCAGAUGGCGAUCAUGAGCACCUUCCUCCUCCGGCAAACGCUCCUUCGUCCUUGGCUGUGGCACUACGAUCGCUAAACGAUUUGACCGAAACCCCCACAUAUGCGCGAAGUGUCACUUCGACAGCGCCGAGCUCGCCACGCAUUCCUCCGCUACGACAAAAUUCAGGUCAUCAAACACCACGAGUACGACCCCAUGCAACAACGCUCAAUAUCCCGGGUAUGACCCGGUCAAGAGUUUCGCCCGAUGGAAGAAUUCCCUCACGCGAUGUUGCGGCAAAGCUCGUUAUUGUCAUGGUUGGCUUGCCCGCUCGAGGAAAGUCGUACAUCACCAAGAAACUUCAAAGAUAUCUUUCUUGGCAGCAACACGAUUCUCGCAUUUUCAACGUUGGAAACCGAAGACGUGUAGCUGCUGGGCGCAGAGUUUCUGUGCAUCCUAAAUUGCAGCCUGAGCCGGAGGAUCUCGACCCUCCUGUGCAAGCCGCUUCCAUUCUGCUAAAUGGCAACCCCACGCCUUUUGGUCCUGAGCAGGGUGAGCCAGAGACACUCGAUCUCAACGAUGCUGCUCAAUCAGGGGUGGACCAGUCCGCCACAUUCUUUGAUCCUAAGAACCAAUCUGCUGCUGCUAUACGCGAACAGUGUGCAAUGGACACUCUGGAUGAGCUGUUGGACUAUCUUAUUGAUCAGGGUGGGGCUGUUGGCAUUCUCGAUGCAACAAACAGCACCAUUGAGCGAAGAACGAACAUCGCCAACCGUAUUAGGCAGCGAGAGCCUAAACUGGGCAUUCUUUUCAUCGAGAGUAUCUGUCAAGACCCUCUUCUCCUUGAGGCGAACAUGCGAUUGAAGCUGUCAGGCCCCGACUAUCGCGAUAAGGACCCCCAGAAGUCGUUGGCAGAUUUCAAGAAGCGAGUUGCCGCUUACGAAAGUGCUUAUGUUCCUUUGGGCGAGUACGAAGAAAAGCACGACCUACAGUACAUCCAGAUGGUUGACGUUGGCCGAAAGCUAAUUCAGCAUCGCCUAAAGGGGUUCCUUAGCAGUGGUAUCAGCACUUAUCUUGCCAGCUUCAAUCUUGCCCCUCGACAAAUUUGGAUUACACGACAUGGCCAGAGUGUGGAUAAUGAACUGGGAAGGCUGGGUGGAAACUCGCCUCUGACUGAGCGCGGACAUUGCUACGGCCAAGCGCUUCACAAUUUCGUCACAUACCAACGCCAGCAGUGGAUUAUGGAGCAACAGAGCAAGAAAGCCCAGGCUACAUUCCCACCUGUUCCAGGAGACAACACACCCCCCUAUCCCGAGAUGAACCGAGAGAUCGAGGACAAGAAUUUCUGUGUCUGGACCUCGAUGCUUGACCGCAGUGUAGACACAGCCGAGUAUUUUGAAGCUGACGAGGACUACGAUGUCAAGAACUGGGAAAUGCUCAACGAAAUGAACUCGGGCCAGUUUGAGGGUAUGACAUAUGCUGAAAUCGCGAAGAGGGAGCCUGAGGAGUUUGCCAAGAGAGCACACGAUAAGCUCAACUACAUCUAUCCUGGAGUCGGUGGCGAAGGUUACCUCCAGGUUGUGAGUCGUCUGCGCGACAUGGUUCGAGAGGUUGAGCGCAUUGAAGACCAUCUUCUCAUUAUUGGACACCGCUCUGUUUGUCGAGUGCUGAUGGCGUACUUCAUGGAUCUAUCCCUAGCCGACAUCACAGAUAUGGACAUUCCCUUGGGCAUGCUCUAUUCCAUCGAGCCCAAGCCUUACGGCCUUGACUUCCAUGCUUACAGAUUCAACGAGGAUCAAGGCUGGUUCGAUGAGCUGCCCAACUAUAGGCCACAGAAGACUGCUCGCAACAGCAUCAUCAAGCCACAACAUUAA